AUGCUCAUAUCAGUCUUAAAGCAGUCACCUCCGCCCCACUUCUCCAUAACUCAAGAACGAAACCCCUCCACUACCACACGCCUUGCUGUUAUUUUUUUCCGGUUUUGGCACCUAACGUCGACCAAGACGGCGCCUCAGUUGAAGGCUUCUUCGAAACGAUCAGCGACUAGGCUUCGAUUUUCAUAUCCCGGAGAUAUUAUCAAGACGAAACUCAUACGCCAUCUAUCUAUCUAUCUAUCUAUCUAUCUAUCUAUCUAUCUAUCUAUCUAUCUAUCUAUCUAUCUCCCCCCCUCCUCUCAUAUUCGUGGACAGGCUUCCUCUUUUAAUUUUUCCUUCCGUUCGUUCUCACCUUCUUCCUUUCCUUCUUCCUCUCUGUCUUCUUCUUCGCCUUCCUUUACACUUCUCCUACAUUUUCUUUCUUUACUUCUACCACAACGCUUCAUCGUCAUCAUCGUCAUCAUCAUCAUCUUCUUCUUCUUCUUCUUCUUCUUGAAUUUCUUCAAACUCGUUUCCUUCUACCUUUUCCUUUCGUUUUAUUCUCCCAUUUUACCCUCCUCGCCUUCGAUUUCUUCUUCUUCUUCUUCUUCUUCUUCUUCUUCUUCUUCUUCUUCUUCUUCUUCUUCAGAUUCCUCUUCUAAUUUUUCCUUUCGAUCGUUCUCACCUUCUUCCUCUUCUUCUUCUUCCUCUUUGUCUUCUUCUUCGUCUUCCGCUUCUUCUUCUUCUUCUUUUUCUUCAUCACAUUAUUAUUAUUAUUAUUAUUAUUAUUCUAUUUCUUCUCAGCUUCCUUUACUCUUCUCCUUCAUUUUCUUUCCUUACUUCUACCACAAUGCAUCAUCACCUUCUUCUUCUUCUUCUUCUUCUUCUUCUUCUUCUUCUUCUUCUUCUUCUUCUUCUUCUCAUUAUUAUUAUUAUUAUUAUUAUUAUUAUUAUUAUUAUUAUUUCUUUCUAUUUUUUUUUCAGUCUCUUUCAUACUCUGAUCCUGUGCUAAAACCCAAUCUCAUACUCUCCGUCCUUUCCAUUCCACCACCGUUCUUUAAACUGACCACCAAUUAUUUGGUAUUGUUUGAUUGUUCUUUUCACGGGCUAGAAACUUAUGCUCGUCUUGAAAAUCCCCGCCAAUAUCACAAAGCUUCGCCACUUACCCGUCUGACUCCUUUGAUCUUUGAAUCGGUGCCUUACAUCUCUCUCUCUCCCUCCCUCUCUCCCCCUCCCUCUCUCCCCUCUCUCUCUCUCUCUCUCUCUCUCUCUCUUACUCAAAUACUUCUUUAUCUUCCUCUUUAUCCAUUAUUACCCCUUUUAGAUCUUUUCCUUUGUCUCUUUCUUUUUUCCGUUUACAUUCAUUUUAUAUUAAAUCUUUUGUUUAUUUUCUCCAUUCAUUAUUUUAUAUUUCUUUCUUUCUUUCUUUUUUCUUUUUUUUCUUUCUUUCUUUUUUUCUUUCUUUCUGUCUUUCUUUUUUUCUUUCUUUCUUUUUUCCUUCUUUCUUUCUUCUUUCUCUCUUUCUUUCUUUUUUCUUUCUUUCUUUCUUUCUCAUACUUAUUUUUCUUUUAUUUUUAA